AUGAAGUGGCUUGUGAUCCUCGGGCUGGUGACCCUCUCAGAGUGUUUAGUCAUGAUCCCUCUAACAAAGGUCAAGUCCAUCCGAGAAAACCUCAGAGAAAAAGGCUUGCUGAAGAAUUUCCUGAAGGAACAUCCUUUCAACAUGAUCCAGAACCGCCUGAACCAGAAACCUGCUCCUCAGGGGAAAGUCUCUCGUCAACCUCUGAGGAACUACUUUGAUAUGGCGUAUGUGGGCAACAUCAGCAUCGGAACACCCCCACAGCAGUUCAGCGUCAUCUUUGACACCGGCUCAUCUGACUUGUGGGUGCCCUCCAUCUACUGCCAAAGCAGGGCCUGUAAUACACACCGGGUCUUCGACCCUUUUAAAUCCACUACCUUCCGGUACUCAGGCGUGCCCAUUGAACUGGAAUAUGCCUCUGGGAUGAUGUCAGGAUAUCUUGGCUAUGACACAGUUCGGAUCUCAAACCUUAUCAUCAUGGGCCAGGAAUUUGGCUACAGUCAGUGGGAAGAAAAUGAGGCCUUUGACCAUGCAAUGUUUGAUGGUAUGCUGGGCCUGGGCUACCCCGGCCUCGCCAUUGAAGACAACCCCGUCUUUGACAACCUAAGGAAACGAGGCCUCAUCGCUCAGCCUGUCUUUGCCUUCUACUUGAGCACCAACAAAGAGGAGGGCAGCGUGGUGAUGUUUGGUGGCGUGGACAGAAGCUUCUAUAAAGGAGAGCUCAAGUGGGUGCCCCUGACAAAACCCAACUACUGGCAGAUCGCCUUGGACAGGAUCACAUGGAGAGGAUAUGUUGUUGCUUGUAAGAGUGGCUGCCAGGCCGUCAUAGAUACUGGGUCCUCGCUGCUGAUUGGCCCCACUAAAGAAGUCAUCAACAUCCAGAAGCUCAUCAACGCUAAGCCCUUCCAGGAGGAGUUCCUGAUCCAGUGUAGUACCAUGAACACCCUGCCUGACUUCAUCUUCACCAUUAACAAUGUCCAAUACCCAGUGCCAGCUCGAGCCUACAUCCAAAAGGGUUCUUCUACUGGCCGCUGCUACAGCAACUUUAGUGGAGGCACGGAAGACUUGAGUGACAAAGAGUUCUGGAUCCUGGGUGAUGUCUUCUUAAGGCUGUACUUCACUGUUUUUGAUAGAGGACAGGACAGGAUUGGCCUGGCUCCCGCUGUGUAA